AUGGCGUUUUCAUUCGGCACACCCGCGGCAUCGCAGCCCGCUGCAAGCUCGAGCGGCACAUCCGGCUUCUCGUUUGGACAGACACCAGCACAGCAGCAGCAGCAGAACAAGCCUGCUUCGGGCGGCUUCUCCUUCGGCACACCCGCAUCGCAACCACAGGCCCAAGUCGGCGCACCCGCCGCACCAGCCACGUCGAGCGGAGGUCUCUUUGGCGGAUUCGGCAGCUCGCAGCCCGCGGCCGCUGCUAGCUCGAAUGCGGCAGCACCUGGCACACAGGCUGCUGCAUCUACAGGUGGACUCUUUUCCUUCGGCGCCAAGCCCGCUGGCCUGACCACAUCACAGCCUCAGCAACAGCCAGCAGCUGGAGCCACAUCCACAUUUGGCUCUGGGACAGGCGGGCUAUUUGGAAGCACCAACACGCAGACCAACACAGCAGGAUCCGGCUUUUCGUUCGGCGCACAAAAUAACACAGCAUCACAACCACAGCAGCGGCAGCAGCAAUCGACCACGUCGCUGUUCGGCGCGCCGGCUUCGUCAUUCGCAACCACGAGCGCGCAGCAGCCCGUCGCGCAGACGCAAUUCUCCGCUCAGCCGCAACAGCAACAGCAGGGCAUGGCUGCUCAGCCGGACAAGAAGCUCGGCGUCAGUCUCUCGGCCAAGCUCGAGCAGAUCCGCGCCGCGUGGGACACCAACAAUGCUGCCGGCUGUCGAUUCGCCUACUACUUCUAUAACAAUGCCGGCAACGCGCAGAACCUCAAGAUGAUCCAAGGAAGGCGGCCGGAUGCAAUUGGACCGAUGCACGACCAGCUCUGGACGGCUGCUGUGCGCGAGAAUCCGGAUCCCAACCGUCUGUACCCCGUACUGGCUCUUGGCUUCAACGAUCUCAAGAAGCGUAUCGAGUCCCAGGCGCGCGAGGCGCAGCGUCAGCGCGCACUGCUCGCCACACUCGCCCAGCGGCUUUCCGCGCUCGAGCAGAAGCACUCACUUUCCAACUCGGUGCGCACGCAGGCGGCACAGAGUCGCCAGGCGCAGCUCCACCACCGCCUCAUCGGGCUUGCGGCCAAGACGCAGCUGUUGAUUCCCGUGCUGCGCGGCAAGAGCAUCAGUCCGGAGGAGGAGCGCCUGAUGGCCGUGCUCGAAGCAUGCGAGGCCGAAAUCACGGGCUCGUCCAAUGCGCUCGCAUCGCGCUCGCUCGCUCUCACACCGGCUUCCAACGGCGGCGCAGCGUCGAGCGGCUCGGCGGGCAUGCACGCUACGCCGGUGCAGCACGCGCGCUUGCGCGCCAGGAUCAACGAGCUCUGGGCGCAGCUCGGCGUCAUUCGUGCGCGCCGCGAGAUGCUCGCGCGCGAGGGAAGGAGCGCCACCACUGAGUGGGCCGUCGUCGACCAGUCCGGCCUCGACAACGUCACGCGCAUCCUUGCACAGCAGCAGCAGGGCCUCAACCACCUCAGCUCCACGCUCGAAGCAGACACAAAGACCAUGGACACCAUCACCACCGGCCUCACCGGCGUCAAGCUCGUCGGCGUCUCAAGAUGA